AAACUUAGCUAUUAUGUUAUCUUCUUUAAUUAUUCUAAUUUAUGAUAUCCAACAUCAUAACAUGGUGUCAGAGUAAAGUUAAACUGCCUACUAAGCAUUAUAAAUAUUAAUCUGGUCCAGCUUACUUGUUAUUUUCAUUUAUCGAUAAUGUCAACCAGCCUACCAACUCCUAAGCAAUUCAGCGUGAACGCUUCAAAUCCUUCAGAAUCAUGGAGAUUCUGGAAGCAAGAUUUUGAAAACUAUCUUGAGGCUUCUGGCUAUUCAUCUGAGUCAGAAAAGAGGAAAACGGCUUUGUUUCGACAUGUAUGUGGUGAAGAGUUAAAAACAAUCUAUCGCACUUUCACACUUACACCACUGCCUCCAGCCAUCGAAGUAAGCCUUGACCAAAUACUGAAAGCAUUUGAUGAUCAAUUCAAAGAUUAUCAAAAUGAAAUCAAUUUGGUCUCUACUUCUCGCGAACAGUUCCCAAAGCAAAACAGAUAUAGUUGUAAAAAUUGUGGACUUCAACAUGAACCUAAAAAGUGUCCAGCGUUUGGUACGGCCUGCAACAACUGUGGAAAGAGGAAUUAUUGGUAUAAGUUUUGCCGUUCUAAACCUCUCAAGAAAAGUGGCAACCGU